CGCGAUUACUAGACUUCAUCAUUGGUGGAGAGUACCCUAGAUCCGAAUCUGCGAUCCGUCGCCUUCAAAAUUCAAGAAAAAUGGCAUUUUCGAAAAAUCGUCCGAAAUCGGUGAUGGUACACCUUUGGAAUCUGCCAAAAAUGGCCCCGGAAAUAUUCCGUCCAUAUCGGUGUUUAAUAGACUUAUUCAUCUCUAAGGAAUAGCCUCAGACUGAAUCCGUGAUCUGCAGCCUUCAAAAUCUAAGGAAAACGGUGUUUCGUAAAUAUCUCCUAAAAUUAUGAAAGUACCAUCUGGAAAAAUUCAACCAAAUUUCCGCACAAAUCCGCAAUUACUAGACUUCAUCACUGGUGGAGAGUACUCUAGGGUCGAAUUUGGGAUCCAUCGCCUUCAAAAUCCAAGAAAAAUGACAUUUCCAAAAAAAUCACCUGAAAUCGGUGAUGGUACCAUGUGACGUGGUAAGUACUGGCUGGGUGAGGUAGAGAGGCGCACAUCGUGCUCCCAAACAAAAUAACAAAGAAUGUUGCCUAUGUAGCUUGCAAUCUUCCUUCUUAUUGGACACAUGUUAUGGACGAGAAUUGGUGCUCCCUACAUGGCAUAUCGUACGAUUGCAACAUGACCUACUUUAUGACUCGAACUCGAUGGUGACCAAGACUCCAAGCCAUCUGUAAUUCUUCAAAAUCAACUCUAAAUUCCACAGGGGUUAUGGAGCAAACACCCGGAUUGCAAGCAAACGCCGCUAAGCAAUGUCCAUCAUGAUCUCUGAUUAGGCCACCCACAACAACGUGGUAUGUGGAAUAAUAGAGUUGUCUAAAUGGAGAGUAACCCACUUUCAAGGCGACAACUGCUACAACAUUUUAAUCUUCGUUUAUGUGGGUAAGGUAGGCAAGUGUAUGAGACUGUCCUUAUCUAGAGCUAUCUACACACCACACUACAUUAAUCCAAGCCUGGACUCGCUCAAUGAAGGAUUCACAAGUAAAGUUUUGUUGGCAAAGACACGGUCCUUUCUGGUCCACCAUAGAGAAGAGCAUGACUCAAUAGAAGAGGUCAUCCAUGGGCCAAGGAGCCCAGCCCAAGAAGAAAAAGAACGACAACCCCAACAGUCGUCCUACCGUCGCUCAAGCCCUAAUCUUCUAGAACCCUCGUAAAAAGAUUUUAGUCGAUGAGUUAGCUGCGUACAAUGUCGAAAAACACUAUCUAAAUAUUUUUAAUUGUUGAAGUGCUUUAAUAAUUUGGAUUCUCUUAUUCUACCAAACAAUUUGAACGUUUCAACUAUUUGAAUAAUUUAGAUUUGCUUAUACUAUCAAAAUCACGUAUCUUACAAACAAUUAGAUAAUAUUAUUUAUGUGAUUGGCAACUAAAUCCGGCCAACUGGUCGGUUCCGUGACUAGUUGGUAUCAAUGGACAAACCUCUACGGUAAAAGAAAACCAGAUCAACAAUAGCUGUGAAAUACCGCUGUAUUGGGGGCAAUCACCGAAAGGCCUAAAAGCCAUUGGCGCCUCCCAUUCCCAACCUCCCACAGCUUUAAAUCAAUCACACACACACACACAUAAAACAAUUUCUGCCAUCUUUCCCUUCCACUUCUGGCGGAGGGUUAUAAAUAACCACCGCGCAAAGUUUCCAUCCCUCCUCGUCUUCUCUCUCUAGAAUCGCCAUUGAAAUCCAAUCCAAAUCGAAGCUCGAAUUUUACUCCCUUCCUCUCAAUUUCUCUCUCAAUUCUCGCCCCCUCCUUGUUUUAGAUCGUCAUUCCGCUUCCCCAGGUACUCCUAUCCUCCUCUGUCCCCCUCUGUCUCUGCUGCAUUAUUGUCUCCCCGUCAAUCCGCCAUGGAUCUAGCUUCCUUUCACUUCUAACUUCUCGCCCUUCAUUUUCCAUAUCCGAGUUUAUUUGUUAGUUUCAAUCCGGAGGAAAAUCUUGUAUCCGAACCACCGAUUUGGCGAUUACCGUUCGGCCGACAUUGUGCUUUUGCUUUCUCUGAAUUUUUGUUUGUUUUGCUGUAUUGCAUUCAGCCGAGGUGAGAUUGCCGCGGUUCGAGAUCUCGAAUCAGGAACCUGCUGCUGCUGCUGCGAUGACCACGGCCAACGGCGGCGAGGUUCGCUCUUCCGCGGCCAACGGCGGAACCAAGCCGUUCAAGAUCUUCGUCGGUUACGAUCCGCGCGAAGAUCUGGCGUACAAGGUCUGCCGGCACUCCAUCCUCAAGAGAUCUUCAAUCCCCGUCGAGAUCCAUCCGAUCAUCCAGUCCGACCUCCGGAAGGGCGGCCUGUACUGGCGGGAGCGGGGCAAGCUGGAGAGCACCGAGUUCUCCUUCUCCCGUUUCCUCACCCCGCACCUGGCCAAUUACGACGGCUGGGCCAUGUUCGUCGACUGCGAUUUCCUCUACCUGGCCGACAUCAAGGAGCUCCGCGAUCUGGCCGACGAUAAGUACGCCAUCAUGUGCGUCCACCAUGACUACACCCCAAAGGAAACCACCAAGAUGGAUGGCGCCGUACAGACAGUUUACCCGAGGAAGAACUGGUCCUCCAUGGUGCUCUACAACUGCGGGCACCCGAAGAACAAGGUGCUGACCCCGGAAGUUGUGAAUGGCCAGACGGGUGCUUACCUCCACAGGUUCCAGUGGCUUGAUGAUGGAGAAAUUGGGGAAGUCCCCUUUGUUUGGAACUUCUUGGAGGGCCACAACAGGGCUGUGGAAGGUGAUCCUUCCACCCUCCCCAAGGCGAUUCAUUACACCCGCGGAGGGCCGUGGUUCGAUGCUUGGAAGAACUGCGAGUUUGCUGACCUUUGGCUCGAUGAGAUGGAGGAGUACAUGAAGGAGACCAAGAAAUAAAGUGGGAAUUGAGAGAGGUAAACAUUAUGCUCAUCGUAUAUAGAACAACACUAUAUUCGUGCUUCAUUUUCUUUUUUUAUGUUGAAUUAAUUCUUGUAUGGAGUUGUAGAUCUACGAAAGCUUUGUGUUUCUGUUCGUCUGCAAUUACAUAGGGGAAACAGAAAUCCUGCCACUGUGGAUUGUUAGGAAAGAUGGUUUCAUUACGUUGUUGUUUCAUUAUUCAUCUGUUAGUUAAUUACCUUGAUCAAGUAUUUAUCCCUACUGCUGGAAUUUUAUUGUACAUGGAUCUAUGUUAAUUAUAUCUAGUUAUUGAGACUAAAUGGUUUAUGAUAUCGUACCGGAAUCGAAUUUGAUUUUGUGGUCGUUUAAGUUCUUACAUUCCUCAAUAUUGGCUUUUGUUGAGAUGGGGAUUUGCGGCAUCUUUGUACAUUUUAGGCCUCUGGUUCUGGCGUUCUGCUUUGCUUUGAUCGCAACGCAUUAUGAUUACAAAUCCGAUUUACGUGCACAAUCUGGUAGGGGACGAAAUCGAUGAGAAGAGAAUCUGAAGAAUAGAAUGAUGAAACCUAUGCGGUUGAUUGAACAGGCUCGAUCCCCCUGCUCUUUUUGGAAGGUCGAAAGUCUAUGCGGACGCUGCAGCAUUGGUUUUGGUAUUGUCGGUGGAACGCAAGUGACAACUGAGCUGGCUCACUCCAUCUCAUCGCAUCUUUCUGGCACAUGCCGUUACAGCUUUCGUUCCAUCUGCGCUGGAAAGAUCCUAUUGGAUUAGAUGCUUUUGGUUUAGGAGGAGUGAAAGAGGAGGAUUAAACACAUAGCCAUUAAUCUGGAAGUUUGGUAUCGGUAUUUAGGAUAUAUCGAAUAUCGUAUCGAAUUUAUCACUGUUUGGUAUUAUCGAAUACCGAUUUAUUUUUUAACGAUUGAGAUUGGGAUACAUUUUCGAGUGUUAUUCGAUAUUGCCGAUUACAAGAUUGGGAUCGGUAUGAUACUCAAAUACCGACAAAACCAAAAAUUAAAAAUUAAUGACAUUUAGCACACAUCCAUUUGUUAUUCCUCCCUCUUUGACAACUCAAAAACCCCAUCCAAUUCAAUUUCAACUUUCUAGUUUAAGUCACUAGCCUCUCACUCAAUCUUUUGUUAUUUUCAUAACACCAAAAACCAUACACUCUCAUUAGUCUUCUUCCGACCUCCAAUCCGUUGAAUUAAAGAUUACUGAUGACAAGAAACUGAGAUGACAUGUCACCAUCUCCUCUCUUCUCCUUAUCCAUGUACUAUCUUAGGCGAACUCAAGACUUUAGUCUCUUUGUCCAACAUUAGAUUACAUACUCUAAAUUAUAUAUUUAAUUAUUAAUUGCAAAUACUGAUUGGAAUACUGACAUUACCGAUUAGGAUACCGGAAUAUUUAGAGGUUGAGAUUGAGAUACUGAAUUAAUUUAGGGAUUGAGAUUGAUUUACAGUGUAAUUUGGUAUUUGGGAUUUCAGUAUUUGGUAUCGGGAUACCAACAAUACCAACUAGGAUACCGACAUAUUUAGGAAUUGGGAUAUCAAAUCAAUUUAGGGAUCGGGAUUGAUUUUAUGGCAUAAUUCGAUAUUUAGGAUUUUGGUAUUUGGUAUCGGGAUAUCAAUAUCGUACUGAUUUCCACCCCUACAUGCCAUACUGUCAUUUUUUGUUUAACGAAAGUUGAUAGGAGAGGGUUACAAAUGAGUCGAGUUUUACCCUAAUUUGAGCUCGGCUAGUUAAUAAACGAGUUGAACACGAGCUUGACUUGUUUACCAAAAUCUUGAAAAAUUAAUAAUAGUCAAAUGUCCAGUAUUAUCUCAUACUAUACUUUGUUGGUAUCAUAUAAUUUAGUUAACUAGCUUUUUAGCCGGCACGUUGGCCGAUGAGUUUAAUUUAACAUUUACAUUAAUCAAUUUAUCUAUAUGUU